AUCGUUAUAAGCGGUUGCUGUUGCUUUUCUAAUUGGUUAUUGGCCGGUUAGUUGCUGAUGGUACCACAUAACCCAAUUUCAUGUGGACGUUGUGCUGCAAACGAGGAAAUUUCUAAUUAAAAGCUUUUAAUAUGAAAAAGAAGGUAUUUAAAAGCACUGCACAGCUGUCAGCUACAAAUUACGGAGAAGAGAUACGAGUACGUGGAACUUUCACAGCUGAACUAGUCGAUGAGAGAAAAACUAAAUAAAUAUAGUGAAUUAUUAAUUAAAUAAUAAUAUAAUCAAUAAAUAGUGUGGUGUGAAAGGUUCAUUAUACUCGUACAUAACUUUUAUGCUGUUAAACCCAAGUAUUUCCAUGAAAGAAUCUCGUUUUGAAGUCUGAGUAAGAUUUGCGAUCAAGGAAGGCCGACAAAUUUAUGCUAAAACAAGGCGAGAUAAAGUAACAACAACUACAAUAAUAAAUACAAAAGAGUGCUCGAAACAACGAAAGAGUGGCCAUCAUCAGCAGCUGGAGCAAAGUGCAGGAAGCCAAACUUGUAAACGUAAAUUCCAGACAAUAUACUUGUAAGAAUAUUAAAAACAGUUAACCACUGAAUAAAAAUGGCACCCACACGACGACCUAGCGAUGGUUUGUUGGCUCGAGUAAAUUUUCCGCUAUAUGCAGUUGAAAUGCUAACCAGUCGACACGUACUUGUGGCAGGAGGUGGUGGCUCAGCUAAAACAGGUGUAGCAAAUGGCUUUGAAAUCUACGAGAUCUACCACAACGGCACGCACUUCUGCGCGGAAGAGGUUGUGCGACAUGAGACAGGCGCCAACGUAGUUAUGAACUUUGCUGUGCGUAACGAUGGGCGACGUUCAUACCUGUGCGCCGGACAAGAAUCACACUGUCAAUUAUAUUUUGUUAAUCCACGUAUAGUUUAUGAGGGUCAAGAGGAAUCGGCAACAGAAGCAGACGAAAGGCGACCAAGAAGUAAUAGUACAGCGGAACAUGGUAAUGAAAAUGGUGUACGUAGGCGUGUGGCACAGGCAUCUGGCGUGCAGGAUCUACCAAACGGACAUGCUACGGGUGCCAGCAAGAAGACAGGCGACCAAAAUGCCAAUUUGAAACGUAUACGUUUUGAUAUUAAAGCAGCUGAUUCAGUGCAAACAGAUUUUCUAACAACUGAACCGCUCCAGAGGGUAGUACGCAUUAGUCCGAAUGGCCGUUUGAUGGCAACUGGCGGCACAGACGGCCACUUGCGUGUUUGGACAUUUCCACAAAUGGUGCAGCGCAGCGACAUAGCGUCACACAACAAGGAAAUUGAUGAUAUUGAUUUUAGUCCAGACUCUAAGUAUAUUGUAACUAUUUCGAAAGAUGGUCAGGGUUUAGUGUGGGACUUGGCAACUAUGAAGCAACAUCACCAACUGAAAUGGACUACACCCGAAGGCGGCAAGUACCUAUAUAAGCGCUGCCGGUACGGUACCAUUGAGGCGCAACGUGAUAAAUAUCGACUUUUCACAAUUACGAACCCACUGGGUAAGGUGGGCAAGCAGCGUGGUUUUCUACAGCAAUGGGAUUGCAUUAGUGGGCAGCUACGAAGUGCUGUGCAAGUAGACGAAAGCUUAGCGUCAUUGGCUGUGCGUGACGAUGGUCGCUUUGUAGCUGUGGGCACUAUGUUUUCGGGUAGUGUUUCCAUUUAUAUUGCCUUUAGUUUACAGCGUGUUCUGCACAUACCGAACGCACAUUCGAUGUUCGUCACUGGUUUACAAUUCUUACCGAUUACAAACGAAGAAGGACCGCCAAUUUCAAGCGAUACUGAGGCGGCGGUUCUUUCAAUUUCCGUGGACAAUAAAGUAUGCAUUCACAGUUUGCCGCAGCGACGCACAAUACCCGCUUGGGUGGCAAUAUUGCUCAUUAUUGUCGUGCUGUUUGGCGCCUUUGCAUUGUGCUCAUAUAUAGGCAUUUAAAUGUAUAACAGUGUGUGGCAUUUAAUUAAGUGAAAUAAACAUAGCAUUACGUGGAAGUUAAAAAUUCGUUAACUAAAAACAAUAAGUCGGCAAAUCGUUACUAAAUAAUAAGUGCUUACAGUCCAGAAUAAGCAGCAGAAAAUAAAACAUAAUAGCGUAUACUUUUUUGUUUUGUUAAAUUCUCGUUCAAAUUAAGUUGUAUUUUUUGUACAGUUAUUUGUAUUCCAUUUGCACAUAACAAAACUUAAGUGUAUACGUAAUCAUAUUUAAUUAAGUUCAAGUGCUUUCACUAGUUAGCCUUAUCAAAAAUAAAAAAAAAAACAAUAAA